GCAAAACGUCUAAACAUGUUUUUAACACAAAUUUUUAUAUUUUUCAUUAUUUUCGGGAUUUCGCAAGCUUUUGAAAAUUCCUUUAAUCGUCUCGAUGGCUUACGAAUAAUUGGAGGCACAGAUGCUGCUGAUGGCGCAGCUCCUUUCCAAGUUUCGCUUCAAGGAUUUUUCGGACAUAAUUGCGGUGGCGCGAUAAUUAACCCUCGAUGGAUUGUCACAGCUGCCCAUUGUAUCCGCGGGUAUCAACCAAACAUGUAUACAGUACUCGUGGGUACAAAUGACUUGAAAAAAGGAGGCACAAAGUACAAUCCAGAUCUUCUUAUUUAUCAUCAUCGGUAUAACCAACCUUCAUUCCAUAACGACAUUGGAUUAAUUCGUCUUAAAACUCCGAUUUUAUUCAAUGAUAAAGUCAAGCCGAUCAAAUAUUCCGAACAUGAGGUUCCUGCAGGAGCUGUCAUUACGUUGACUGGAUGGGGAAGAUUAUCGGCUGGCGGAAAAAUUCCCGAUCAAUUACAAACGAUCGACUUGAAAUACGUACCUUAUGAGGAAUGUUACAAGCUUCAUAGCAACGACUCAUCUGUCGAUAUCGGUCAUUUGUGUACUUUUACAAAAGCAGGCGAAGGAGCAUGUAAUGGCGAUUCGGGAGGCCCCUUGACGUACGAAGGAAAAUUAGUUGGUGUCGUUAAUUGGGGAAUUCCAUGCGGAAGAGGAUAUCCAGAUGCUCAUGCAAGAGUUUCGUACUACCAUGAUUGGAUAAGAUCUAAUGUCGCAGAAUAUUCGGGAGGAUUUAUGCCGAGAAGUGAUCAAGGAACGAUCGCUGCUUGAAGAAAAAAAAUUAAGUUUAAAAGUUUUUAUUUGAAAAAAAGUUGGGAGUCAUGAAGAAAUUUCAA